AUGAAUAAUGGAGCUCCAACUGUAUUCAUAAUGGAAUGCUAUGACACUUUGGUUGGAGUAGGAGUCGGGCCAGAAGUCGACGGAGGUAACGUGGUGAUUACCCCCGAUCCAUUUACCCAUCGGGAGCCGCAGCGAUCUUGUACAGAGGCACUUGACGUUGUGAGUGUCAUUGCGGGACGGUGCGGCAUUGGUGGUGGAUCUGAGGGCGGCGACGGUGACGAUGGUAGGGGCUCUAGGGACCUUAGCAGGGAAGACCCUUUGGCACUAAAGCAGUUACCUCGAGAAAAGGUUCAAGUAGCUACAAAGUUCGGUGUAGCCGGAUUUGAUGCUUCCGGAGUUAUAGUGAAAGGUACACCUGAAUAUGCUCGCUCUUGCUGUGAGGCUAGCCUCAAGAGUCUUGAUGUGGACUAUAUCGAUCUUUACUACAUACAUCGAAUUGAUUCUACCGUGCCUAUUGAAUACACAAUGGGAGAACUUAAAAAACUAGUCAAUGAAGGUAAAAUAAAAUAUAUUGGAUUAUCUGAAGCUAGCCCAGAUACAAUAAGGAGGGCUCAUGCAGUUCAUCCUAUUACUGCUAUUGAAAUGGACUAUUCUCUUUGGAUCCGUGAUAUCGAAGAUGAAAUAAUUCCACUUUGCAGGGAACUUGGGAUCGGAAUAGUUCCGUACAGUCCCUUAGGUCGAGGUUUUUUUGCUGGAAAGGCUGUAGUUGAAAGCGCAGAUCCAAAUAGCUCAUUGACUGAUCACCCAAGGCUUAAGGGGGAGAACUUUGAUAAGAACAAGGCCAUAUAUUUUCGUAUGGAAGCAUUGGCUAAGAAGCAUGGAUGCACUCCCGCUCAACUUGCAAUUGCAUGGGUUCUUCACCAAGGAGAUGAUGUUGUACCUAUUCCAGGUACAACCAAAAUUAAGAAUCUCCACAGCAAUAUUGAUUCUCUAAAAAUGAAGCUUACAAAAGAUGAUUUGAAAGAGAUAACCGAUGCGGUUCCCAUCAAUGAAGUAGCAGGGUCGAAGAGUUCUAAUGAGGCUUUUCAUAAGAUUACAUGGGAAUUUGUGAAGACUCCACUCCCAAAAUGA